CCACUUACAAGAAAAUCACAUCAUAUUAUAAAUAUUUCCGCUUGAGAGGAUUUCACUGUGCAGCCUAUAGCCAUAUAUAUUCAAAAUAUUUGUUGAUUAUCGUAGAACAAAGACGAAGUUCUCUAAGGAAACCUUCUCUAUGAACUGUUUAAUUAUAAGUUGUUGGGAGUAUAUAAUAUCUAACCCGCCUAUAUUCUAUGGAAGAUUAUGCUUGCAUAGUGGACCACAACCCGUUUACGAGUUUUAAUUCAUGUCUAUCUGCAAGCCAUGUGAACGCAAAAGAAAGGUGCCGGCCUUGCAGCCAGUACUAUAUAUAUGUAUAUGUAUAGAAGACACCUCUUCAAGUGAAUACUCAACAUUGGAAUUCGAUAUUAAACUUGAGGUUAAGAUGGAGGCAAACCGGAAGCUCAGAGGAUUCGUUAAAGGAAAGUUGAUGCCAUUCCAUAGAGCAACCAAGCCUUCCUCAACUGUGCAGUAUAUUUCUAGCAAGAUUAAGCCAAACCAGUCAUCUCCUUCAACUGCUCCUCUAGGGUUCGUGGUGCACCAGGACUAUGCGGUUGCUCAGCCGAACCAGAAGGCCGUGUCCUUUAUAGUACCACCUGAUCAUAACAACCGUGACUUGGUCGUCCUGAGCAAAUAUGACAACCUCUAUGGGUUGGCUGCAGAUGAGAGUGUAGAUAUGAAGGCUGCAACUUAUAUAUCUUCUGUUCAAGAACGUUUCAAGCUUGAACGAAUGAACUCGGAAAGAAAGAAGUGCCAAGAUAUGCAGUUGAGCGCUUAGUCUUUGUAAUAAAUUGCCUUUUAUCAUCCAGAAAGAUCAUAGGUCGAUCGUUUUGUCUAGAAACAUAUUAAGAUUUGCUGCAUGUAUUGGUGUUUUAUAUAUGUAUGAUCUCCAACCUCAUUAAUUUGUCUCU